AUGGCUGACGGGUUGACAGACACAGGAACUGGAGGAAAUUCCUUGAAGGUAGAUUUGAACCAACAGUUUGAUAAAGCCGACAUGGCCUGGAUUGGAACGGCAGCAGUUUUAGUGUGGAUUAUGAUUCCAGGUAUUGGUUUACUUUAUUCUGGUUUAUCAAGAAAGAAACAUGCAUUAAGUUUGUUGUGGGCUUCUAUUAUGACAGCCUGUUUGACAACAUUCCAAUGGUUUUUCUGGGGUUACUCCUUGGUUUUCGCUCAUAAUGGGUCUGUUUUCUUGGGUACCUUAGAAAACUUUUCACUUAUGAAAGUGUUGGGUGCACCAUCAGUAGUAGAUACGGUUCCUGAUAUAUUAUUUUGCUUUUAUCAAGGUAUGUUCGCUGCUGUAACCGGUAUUUUGAUGGUCGGAGCUGGAUGCGAGAGAGCCAGGUUGGCACCAAUGAUGGUUUUCUUGUUCUGCUGGCUCACUGUGGUCUACUGUCCCAUUGCUUACUGGACUUGGGGUGGAAAUGGCUGGUUAGCUAACCUCGGAGCUUUAGAUUUCGCUGGUGGUGGGCCAGUCCAUCAAAACUCUGGUGUCGCUGCUUUGUCUUACUCAUUGAUUUUAGGUAAAAGACAUGACCCUUUGACAACUGGUAAGGUUCCAAAGUAUAAGCCACACUCAGUAUCGAAUAUUGUAUUGGGUACUGUAUUCUUGUGGUUUGGAUGGUUUGGUUUCAAUGGUGGUUCCACCGGUAACUCUACUGUUAGGUCGUGGUACGCUUGUGUGAACACUAAUAUCGCAGCUGCAACUGGUGGAUUAACUUGGAUGUUCCUUGAUUGGUUUAGAACUGGCGGAAAAUGGUCUACCGUUGGAAUGUGUACCGGUGCCAUUGCCGGAUUAGUUGGUAUCACUCCAGCAGCUGGUUUCGUUCCAGUCUAUACUUCAAUUAUCUUUGGUGUAGUUCCUGGUAUCGUUUGUAACUUUGCUGUUGACUUGAAAAAUGUAUUAAGAAUCGAUGAUGGUAUGGAUGUUUUUGCAUUACAUGGAGUCGGUGGAAUUUGUGGUGCUAUAUUAACUGCAUUUUUUGCUGCUGAUUAUGUUGCAGCCACGGAUGGUGCUACUGUAAUUCCAGGUGGUUGGAUGAAUCACCAUUAUAUUCAAUUAGGGUACCAACUUGCUGCCGUUUGUGCGGUGUGCAGUUGGAGUUUUGUCGUAACUUCAAUUUUAUUAUUGGCUAUGGAUAGAAUUCCUUGGUUGAGAUUAAGAUUGCAUGAAGACGAAGAGCUUUUAGGUACUGAUUUAGCUCAAAUUGGUGAAUUCGCUUAUUACGAAGAUUCAAACAACCCUGAUGAAGCACCAUAUGUGCUUGAACCAGUUAGAUCUACUGAUGCAAGAUUGGCCAAAUUAAAAGCCUCUACGUCAAAGAACGAAGCCAAUAUCGAUCCAGAUGCUGAAGGAUCAACCGCCGAUAAUGGAACUGUUAGCGUCAAGUCUGAGCCUAAAAAUAAUUAA